AUGGCCACUCCCGCGAACCCGUUCGCUGCGCUUCAUCAGAACCAGACAGACGGAGCAGCAACCUCAACAGGGCGCGGACGUGGCGGGCCUUUCAGGGGAGCUACGCCUUUCCAGCCGAGAGGAGGGUCAGCGAGAGGAGGGUCAACUUUUCCACCCCGAGGCGGCAGCUCCAAUGUUCCGACCGUUCGAGGCCGAGGCCGCGGCCGCGGACGAGGAGCUCCCCCUGCGACAAGAGCUGGUCGGGGUGCCAGAGGCGCGGGCGCACCAAGCAAUACAUGGCGCGCGAAUAAAUCAGAACAACCAUCCACAUCUACGCCCUCGGUUUCUUCGCCUUUCGCACAGCUGAAUCAGAAUCAACCAUCAGCCUCGCCGGCCACUGCGCCGACUCCACAACAGAAACCGGCAUUCUCAGGAUUUGGACGAGCGUCACCAACACCAUUCGAAGCGCCGUCAAAUCGUGGUGGCGCUGCUUCCAUCGCUAGAGCCCCUCCGCAACCGAGGCCGACAAAUGGAGUAACUGCGACCAACGUCCCUGUGGAGGAUGCCUCUGCUAUGGGUAAUUACACCGAUCGAUAUGAACAGCUCAAAGUCGACCGCGCCAGGCAAAGGGAGCAAGCCAUCAAAGCCGGCCAAAUGGCUGACCCAAAUCAGCCAAUGUCACUAAACAAAGCAAUCACGCCCGUGGGGACUUGCACAAGCAUGUGCCCUGAGUUUGAAAGGGCUGAGCGGAUUGUUCAGAAGAUGGUUGAUAAGAGUGAAAAGUAUCUCCACCCCGCGACGAAUACGCUACAAAACAUGGAGGCGAAGAUGCUUAAACGAUUCAGGCGGUCCGCUGCUGGAUAUGAUGAGCAACUGCCUUCUGACAUUAGAACACCCGGCACCCUGCUCCAGUCAAUGAAUUACCUGACGCGGCACGUUAUUGGCAGCUCGGAACCCUUGGGGAUUAUCCACAAAUUCGUUUGGGACCGGACUCGAUCGAUUAGAAAUGACUUCUCAGUUCAGCAGGUGACCCAGGAGGCGGACGUGAAAAUUGCCGUAACAUGCCUUGAAAGGAUUGCUCGAUUCCAUAUCAUGUCUCUCCACCUGCUCUCGAGCCCUGCGAAUGAAGAGCCGUUCGACCGACAUCAGGAACGCGAACAAUUGAACAAUACCAUGCUUUCGUUGAUGUACUACUACGAUGAUAACAGAGGCCGGAUAACAUUCCCCAACGAGGACGAGUUCCGCGCCUACUAUAUCAUCUUCUCGAUUCACGACCAGCGCCCUGACUUGGAAGCUCGCGUCCAGAAAUGGCCCCCCGAGUUAAGGAACGCGCCGCGUGUUCGGGUGGCUUUGGAGCUAUUCGCCGCUGCUGGGAAUACCUGGGAAUACCAGGGUACUCUCGACGCCAAGCGGCCGAAUGCGAUUGCGCAGGGCUUCUAUACGCGCUUCUUCAGUCUUGUCAACUCUCCCGGCGUAUCCUACCUCAUGGCCUGUGUGGCCGAGAUUUAUUUCAAUCACAUGCGCCAGACCGCCAUUCGUUCAAUCUGGAAAGGAUACUGUCGCUACCCAGCAUCUCAACAGCAUAAAAAUGAAGAGUGGACGGUCGAUGAGCUGACAAGUGUUCUCUGCUUCGACGACGACGACCAGACAGUCCAAUUCUGCGCAGAUCAGGGAUUAGAAUUCGCCGAAAAUGCUAACGGUGCCCUCUACCUCAACUGGGGCAGCCGACCUGUUGACUCUGUCGCCUUUCAACCUUCAUCUGACCACUCUUUCUCUGAAAACUAUGUAGAGUGGAAGCGUGCAGGUAGAAACUUGGAGGCUAUUGUUCUUGGAUUAAACAUCAAAGAAGCUGCGACCCUGGGAAUGGUCAAUACGUCUUUCCUCCCAUCACGCGCCUCUUCUCUUGCACCUGAAAAGCAGAUGUCUAUUGAUAACAAUGACUCUCUUUUCGUGAGUGAAGACGAGAAUGAAAGCCCGACUUCUCAGCCACAGCUCACUACCACCAACACCACAUCAACAGUUCCUAGCCCCGUCUUUGGCGGUAUCUUGCAACCAACCGUGCUUCAACCGUCCACCAACUCCCAGCCCUUCUCGUCUCUUUUCCCUGCCGACAACGCAGCGGGCACUUCUGCACCCUCGUCUCCGUCUCUCAAUCCCUUCGCGAAGCCUUUUUCGCCUUUCCCUUCCUCUCAGGCUCCUCAACCCAGCCAACCUGCUACCACUUCCUUGACUCCAGCCAGUGCCAGUCAGACUUCAAACAUGUUUACAAAUGCUGGCAGUUUAAAUCCAUUCGCUCCGAAUCAGGAUGAAAAACCGGCUACUCCUCCUGCCGCUACGCCAAGCAUGUUCCCGACUACCUCUCAACCUAGCACAUCUCAGACGCCACCACCUAGUCUGUUUCAGAACCCCCCAAACACAACAGCUUCUACUUCCUCUUCGUUCGGUACGACGCCAUCACUAUUUAGCGUCAAACCUGGUCAACCUACUGGGCCGACUACUCAACCUUUCAGUUCUCCCUUGUUUGCCGCUUCUCCAUCCCCUCUCAGCUUUACACCUGAAAAACCUAGUGGCCAGUCUGCUGGACAGUCUCCCACGAGCAUUUUUGACACCACUAAACCAUCCCCUCAAGCUCAAUCGCCGUCAUUCAGUUUCAGCAAGCCGCCACAACCGGCUGUUCAGACGAGUACGCCGGAAAUUCACAAACCACAGCCUACAGUUGAACCAGCUCCGCUAUUUUCUCUGCAGUCUGAUUCAAAGAAAGACAAGAAAGAACCAAGCUCGAUCUUUGCAACCCCUCCGGGACCAGAACCGACUGAGUCAAUCUUCAAUGCGCCCGCCGCAUCGCCAUUUGCCCGAUCGGGUACACCCUCUCCUUUCGCGUCUCGGGCGGCUACUCCUACUCUCACAAACGGAAAACCAUCAGAGGCGAUACCCGUGUCUCAGACUGUUACUUCUCCGUCUAGGAACGGCAUUGUAACGCAAUCAUCAACGUCUCAACCAUCGAUACCAGAUACAGCGGAGCCACCUGCUGUUAGUGAACCGGUGAUUCUCGCUCAGUCUGAGAUCCUUCCGGGGGAGACACCAGCUGGCGAUGCCUCGUCUACAGCAUCUGACGAAGCCGAACAAGAAGCCAAGCAAAAAGCCGAGUGGAAGAGUUCGUUGUGGGAAGUUGCCGACCAAAGACGAAACAUUGACUCGACACCACCCAGUCGAAAACGCGUCCACGAGGAGGAAACGCCAACUGAAAAAUCUACUAAAGCAACCAAAGUGCAGAAACCGACGCCUCCCCGUCGCAAGUCGAUGGCUCUUUCUUCUAUGAAACCACUUCCCAAGCUCCCAAUCCUCGAGCAAAUCGAAUCAAUGAUCGCCCGUAAACCCGCGGAACCGAAACCAGAACCCCCGAAACCAAGCCAAGUCGACGCAGACGAUCUCCUGCUCUCAGCCGCACGUAUAGCCGCAGAGUCUCUGAGAACCGGACCUCGGCUUCCAACCAGUGUCUCGGCAACUUACGACUCCUGGCGCUCCUCAAUCAGCCCCGGGAGCAGAUUCUCUUCCGUUGCCUUCUCCCGCAGCGAGUCACCUCAGCAGUCGCAGUCGGGUUUGAGCCAGUCGGGUAUGAGCGGAUACGAGGUUGCCUAUGCACCCGAUACAGAACUCGGACUGGGUCGCAGCAUGUCUCGAACGGAGCAGCGGAUCCGCAUGACUGGGGCCAAGGGGCUAGCCUACAAACCUCUGAACCUCACACCGAAGAAGAAGAAGAUGCGGCGCACGACGCCGAAGAAAUAA